CGCAUUGUGGGUGGAGAAGAAGCAAAACCACACAGUUGGCCGUGGCAAGUGAAUCUGGGAGGCUGCGGUGGUUCACUGAUUCAUCCUUAUUGGGUCUUAACAGCAGCACAUUGCGGUAAACCGAGAAGUGUCAGGUUUGUUGAACUUUAUCUUUUUUUUUUCAGUAUGUAAACCCACAACCCCGAGUAAAAACCAUUCACGUGACUCCGGUCAAAUAAGACAUGGUCUACAGACCAAAGACAAAGAAAUAGAAAUAAUACACGAUCUAAGACUCUAGUAGGACCAAGUCUACUGACUUGAUUUGAAAAAAGGAAUGGGUAUAAAAUAAGGAAUUCGGACUGUGUUUGAAAAAAAUGGAGUAGAUGGAUUAGGGAGGUAAGAUAAACCGAUUGCAGACUAGUAUAAAAAGGUGCUUUAAGGUAUUUAUUUACAGCAUUUUCAUUGUAAGUGUCUCUUUGAUGGAACCCAAUAGAACUGGCUUAAUGUAAUAGAAUAGGCCAGUUUCACCAAAGUUUUAGACCAAAAUUCAUACUUGGCUCCAAGGCUGAGGCUAAUAUAACAAUAGAAAUACUGAGUCAAAACGCGUUGCAGUAACGUAGGAGCUGCUUGUAAGGUGUUUCCUCAUUGGUCGCAGAAAACAAUAACACAUCAUUGUUUAUCAUUAUUUCCCAUUAUUAGGGUUAGGGUAUGGAUCCAAUUGGCUCUUAGGGGUUGGCAGAGCUCCUUGUAAUGUAACAUGACCAAACUAAAGAGAAGACGUAAGGGAUUUCUUUCUCCAGGCACAAAGCAAACUGUCCGUAAUAGUGAAGUGUCCGUAUUAAGAGGGUGUCAGUAAUAAAAUAAAAAACAGCUUACCUUACUUAAAAUGUGUGUUACGUCUCUGUUGUGUGGUCCACGGGCCGAUUUGUGGCCGUUUUAUGGGUUUUUAUGUAAACGGUUUUCUCUCUAUGUAGGUAAGCUGUUUUUUUUUUAUUGAAAUCCUUUCAUUUUCGUAGGUUACGGAAACGAUAGGUUUUUUUCCCAUGCAAAUCCUUAUAUUCUGAAUGUUACGCAACAAUGCCGAUGCUCAUAUUUCGAGCUUGGGCUACCUGUGGUUUGUACAAAUAGUAACCGCGAUUCUGAGACAAAAUUUACCAGUCCUGAAUUUUGCUUACCAUUUGCCCAAACUAUCGACCGACCGGUUUGCCAUGUAAAUGGUAAACAACCGAAAUGUCCUCUUUUCAGAGUUCUCUCUGCCGGAAACCUAUCGCUGCCGUAAGUAUUUAGGAAUAGACAGAUAUGGCUGGACUUUUCUGAUUAACAGCGAAAUCAUCUUUACCAGUGGACAGACCUGGCCUUUCAGAUGUGACUAAUGGUUAGAGCUCUAAGUUUGUGGGGAACGAGUGGCCUUUUUAAAGAUUUUUUACAUUUUUAAUCUUAAAACAAACUUGUUCUUAGCGCAUAGUUUUACAGAACUUAAAGUGUGAUUACGGAUUAAUAUUAUGAUUUUAUUUAAAUGUAACUCAGAGUGGGAGGCCACGGUAUCAGGGAAGGAAAACAGAUCCCAGUCGAGCGAACAAUUCAGCAUGUCGACUAUAACCCUAACACUAUGUCCCAUGAUAUAGCCUUACUCAAACUUCAGUCCGCUGCUCCCGUUGAAGAAAAACGUGUUGGCCUUGUUUGCUUGAUCCGGGCGUCAAGUCUGCAGCAAGUAAAAAUCUGCUGGAUAACUGGAUGGGGAACGACAAACGAGGGGGGUUCCUCAGCACCGAAGCUUAGGGAAGCAGAAGUACCCCUAGUAAAAACGGUCGACUGCAAGAUAUCCUAUGGUGAAAACGGUAUAGACGAUACCAUGCUGUGCGCAGGUUAUAAAACAGGUGGAGUAGAUGCCUGCCAGGGUGACAGUGGGGGACCAAUGGUCUUUAAUGAAGGUGACACAUGGUAUUUGGCAGGAGCUACUAGUUGGGGGAUAGGAUGUGCGCGCCCAGAGUUUUAUGGCGUCUACGCAAAUGUCCCUUAUUUUUAUGACUGGGUUCGUGGGGAGCUGGAAAAAAGUGGACACACUUUACCAAAGCCAGGUAAAGUAGUAGUAUGAAAGUAAAACCAAGGUGAAAUUUUGAGGUUUCCAUCAAUUUUUAAUUUUGUUAGUUAGAAAACAAUAACUCGAUAUCUUUUAGUAAGCACGCUGUGACUGGUUAAUUUUGCGGGCCGUAUUUUCUUGUAUGGCCAGCUGAAUUUGAAAGUUCACUGUCCCGGGAGCCCGAUUAGCCUCCGAAAUCUAAUUGUUAACAAAUUGAACUAAUUUCUCGGUUUUUUGCUCCUUGAUUACCGUAUUUAUUCGAAUAAGCGCCCAACCUCGAAUUAGCGCCCACCUCGAAUAAGCGCCCAUCCUAAAGGCCGAAAAAGUUAAUAAGCGCCCAGCCUCGAAUAAGCGCCCACCCCUCCUCCUCCCAAUCAAACUCAAAUAAGCGUUCACCCCCACCCCACCCACUUGAGUGAAUAAAUUCUAAUAAGAGACUUCCCCGAGGACGGAGUUUUCUUCAGAGUAUUUUACAGAAACGUUGCUUUGUUACUUCUUCGCCUUUUGUUAUUAGCAUUUAUUGUUUUGGUUGCAAAAUAAAGAUACUUCACUUGCUUAAAAUGGUGAAAUUUUAAUAAGCGCCCAGCCUCGAGUAAGCGCCCACCUCGAAUAAGCGCCCACUCUCAAGAUCCAAAAAUUUAAUAAGCGCCCAGGGCGGUUAAUCGAAUAAAUACGGUAAAGAGGCGUAUACCAAAGCUUACGUGUUAAGGAGGUCCGCAGGUUAAUUCCUGUAACCCUAAUGGUCCACUAUAAUUAUAAGACAUAUAUAUUUCCCUAUUUUAGAACAUUGUUAUCCGCUAUGCUUGGUGUUGGAGGAGGUCAGAUUAAAAAGUUACAGGACACGAACACCUCCUAUAUUAGAGGCACCAAGGAUAUUCUUACCUUUAAAUUUUUAAACGUUUUUGAAUGAGCACGUCUUUUAAUAUUAGCAGUGAUCACUUUUUUAAUGUUAUCUCAACACUAUUCGUAGAUAGAUAUAAUUAGAAAAGAAAUUAUCAAGUAAACAUUAUUAUUAAUCUAGCCGGAUUUUUGAUAACGUUAUCGCCAAAUGGGCCUUUUUUACUUUUCUCCAAAGUAGCUAUUAAAAAAACUAAGAGUGCAACCAUUGCUUUUUUCUCUUUUCCCCCUUUCCUUUUCCUUCGUUACUAUGAUUUUGGAGCUUCUCAGUCGGGCUUAAGAAACCUGCCUUUUGACGCCUUUUCACUCAAAUGACUGCAAAUUUCGUUAGGUUGCUUUUCAAAAAAUCGGCAAUAUAUAGAUAGGUUUAUGGAUAGAUUAUUUUCAUAUUUUACUCUUAAUAUUUAUAUUGUUGUUGUUUUAUUAAUUUAUUUAGUUUUUUUCACACAUGUUUUGACGAAAUUUAACUUUGUUACUCAGUAGUCGGGAUGCAAGGAAAACCUGUUAUUAUUGACACUUUAUUGAUGAGAUAAUGGCCAUUUGGUGGUGAUGACGAUAAUGAUGAUGAUGAGAUAAUCGAUAUUUUAUAUAAACAUGCACACCGAAUCCCGACCCUAACCCUAAAACAAAAAAGAUAGACCCUAACGCCGCAUUUUACUGACACUCCUACCGUAUGCUUGAUUACCAACCACUGUUUUCAAAAUAACAUUAACUUUACGUUUACAUGGAUUAAAUGUUGUAGUUUUUGUUUUUCUUUAAAAGAUUUAGCCUAAAGAAAGUAACAGUUCGGCGCUCCUCCUACUUGACUAAGCGUCCUCCUUCCAAUAAGCGCUCCUCCUUUUAGUCAAAAUUUUAAAUAGGCGCCCGGGCGAAAAUACGUUGAGUGUGAUGGCAGUGAGGUAAUAAUCAUUGAAUUAGUUAAAGUAAGGGUUUCCUGAUAAAUAAAGAUCAUUCUUUUUCUUACGUGUUAUAGGAAAAGGCGCAAAUGAUUGUGGCAGACGUGGUAAGACAUAAGUUGUUUGCAUUUUGAUACUUUCACAAGUCAUCAACUUCAUUGUCAGUGGUUACUAAGCUUGCGAUAAGAAAUACGGUCGACUCCAGAUAACUCGAACCCUCGCUAACUCGAACCUCGUGCUUACUCGAACCAAAGUCGAUUUCCCCUGGAUUUCUUUCAUACAUUGACGGUAAUUUUACCCUCGGUAGCUCGAACCCUCCAUAACUCGAAGCUCCCGCUAACUCGAAGUAAUUUUUGCUUCCCUUCAGAUCAUUUCUGUAUAACUUUACCCUCGAUAACUCGAACCAUGUUUUAAGCGCGUGACAAGUCGGAAAUAAAACACAGAGUACUGAAGUCCGAGACAUUGAAUUUACUUCAAAACAACCGUGUCAAUUCUUUGUGUUAACUGUUUCGUCACUCUAGUUCAAAUUCAAUGUCCACCCCUGUAUACUUUGUUGCUUAAUUGCCAUUCCCUCCCCGUCCUUAUUACCGAUUAAUUUGCUUCAAACUCUUGAUAACUCGAACUUUUUUCGAUUUCCCGAAAAGGUUCGAGUUAUCGGGAGUCGACUGUAUACUCAAAGUAGCAACCAAUGCUAGUAAAUGCACUUAAAAUAACUUAAGAUAAACGUAACGUUUCGUAUGACCAGAUUAUUGGUGUUGCCAAGACUUCACUUUACGGGGCCGUUCGGCCUAAAUUGUGUCACGAGAGGAGGGUUGUGGACAGUAAAUUCAUCUCUCAGUUCCAGUCAGACUUUAAAAGUCUAAAUACAAUCAUUUAAUAUUUGCCAAUAAAUUUGAACAGGAUUUGGCCCAAGAUUCUCUAUUUAGUGAUUCUCAUCCAGCAACUCAAAGACAGCUCUUUUUCUUCAUCCACUUAUCGUAAGAAAACUUUCAUGGGUCUUUAAAAAAAUAACAAAUUGUGAAUGAACUCUUUCACUCCUCAUUUGUAUAAAAUAUACUACAUCCCGACGUCUUCCUAGUAAGUAACUGAACCUAACACAAUAGCUGUACUUGUAAACGUUUUAUUGAAUUAACCAAAGACUGGACCAAUUGCAAAAAUCUUGAUGCAAGAAAUCGCCGAUCAGCAAAAUUAAACUCCCGCAAAAAUAAAGUGCCAUAUGGUAUUCACUAUUGGACUCUUGACCAGCCAAUGUCAGGGUUUUUUCAGGGUCUUUUUUUUUUUACAAGGCAAAAGCCCUUAGAACAAAGCAGGUUGGAUUUACUUAUCCAGUAUGCCUUACACUUACAUCAGUAAAAGCGUGUAUCAUCGUGUUCUAAUGGCCUUUUUAUUCUAUUUCAGAAGGCGGCGGCGGCGGCGGCGGCGGCAACGGCGGCAACGGCGGCAACGGUGGCAACGGCGGCGACGGCGACGGCGACGGCGAUGGCGACGGCGGCGGCGGCACAAGUAAGUAGCACUGUGCGUUCAGCCAACUCCCCGAAAUGCAUUAUCCCCCUCUCAAUGAUUUAAAUUUGGUUGGUCGAGGUUAUUGAGAACCUUUGGGCUUUGCCGUCGACGACUCUCGCAAUAAACAGUUAAACAUGAAAACAAAGUAAUGUUUGUUUAAAUCUCAGUAUAGAAAACGUACUACACUGAGUGAUUCGUAG